AUGCUGAGGUUGGCAGACGACCCUCACAAGAGAGGAGGUGAAGUGGUGACCAUGUGGAUCCCGACGCCCAGCAUGACCCUCACCCAACGCUUGGUGCUGUACGGGACGUGUGCCGUGGCGCUGAUGAACUCGGUGGGCCUCCUGGUGCUCCUGGUCCGGCAGAAUCAGCAGCAGGUCCGGCUGGUGCGGACGGAGGCGAGGCUGACUGAAGUGGAGCAGAGCUCGGUGGUGGAGUUCAUCCAGGAGGUGCCCAGAGGAGCGGCGGGGUUGAGGGCGAGCGUUGGAGGGGAGCAGCCACAAUACCAGUACCAGUACUCCAGGAACAAGAGGAGCGAAGAGAUGGAGAAGGAGCUACAGCAGGAGAUGCAGGAGAUCCACCUGGAGGAGGGGAAGGAGUUCAGCGAGCAGGAGGUCAGCCAGGAGGUGGGAGAGGAAACGGAGAAGAAGAUGAAGCACAAACAUCGACACAGCCAGCGUUACCACAAGACACAAGUGCAGGAUGACAUGAUGAUGAUGAUGACUUACUCCAUGGUCCCGAUCAAAUUGUUGAUUGACAUUUGCAACAGCACCAAGGGGGUCUGCAUAGCUGGACCUCCAGGACCGCCGGGUUUGCCUGGUGCAGAUGGCAUGGCUGGUCAGAAUGGGACUGAUGGCAUCCCAGGACUGAAUGGAACGCCCGGGGCUGAUGGGAAAAGAGGAAAAAAAGGGCCGCCAGGUGAGAAAGGAGAACCGGGGGAGAAAGGAGCGCGAGGAGAGCCCGGUCCGCCUGGAGAGACGAGUCAGCCAUCCAAUGACGUCAUGAUCGAGGGUCCUCCCGGUCCACCAGGACCUCCUGGACCUAUGGGCCCUCCAGGACCUCCUGGACCUCAGGGACCCCCCAGAACAAGGCACCACAGAGCCCACCUUCAAGCUCCUCAUACUUUGGGGCUUUUGCACGCAAUUCCAAAUGAUGAAACUUCACCCGUCAAGGAGGCUGUGAAACGUCAUGAGAAGCCUGCUAAGAAGAACGAGUGCCUGAUUAAGUCUCUGAUCAACCCCAGGAACGUGACGAAGAUGGAGAGCACAUUUGGCACGUGGAUGAAAGACACGGCUCAGCUGAACGAUGAGAGAAUCUGGGUGGCAGAACACUUUUCUGGCCGUGUGGUGAAAGAGUAUCAGAGCAUUGCCUCCUUUCAGAGCAACAGCAGCGACGUUGUGGAUGUGAGAAAGUUCUACCAAGGCUGCGGACACACCGUCCACAACGGUUCCCUCUACUAUCACAUCGCCGGUACUUCCAGCAUCGCCCGAUAUCACUUCCACACCAAGAGCCUUCGCACUCUCACCAUAGACCACGCUCUGCACCACAACCUGGCCUACCUGCUCCACAACUCCAAGACCUACUUCAAGCUGGCGGCGGACGAGAACGGCCUGUGGCUGAUCUUUGCGUCCAGCGUGGACGAGAGCAUCAUGGUGGCCCAGCUGGACCAGAAGACCUUCUCCGUCACCUCCUACAUCAACACCACCUACCCCCGCACCAAGGCCGGCAACGCCUUCAUCGCCUGCGGGGUCCUGUACGUCACCGACACCAAGGACAGCAGAGUCACCUUUGCUUUCGACCUGCUGAAGGGGAAGCCGGUGAAUAUGACCUUCGACCUGAGGUCUCCUGGUGGAGUCCUGGCGAUGCUCUCCUACAGCCCCAAGGACAGACACCUGUAUGUGUGGGACCAGGGCUACGUCAGGCUCUAUGUGGUUCACUUCAUCUCUGACGAGUGAAGAUCAUGCUGUCUGAACGCGACAGGCAACAAGACAUGACUGUUACUACAGCUGCAUGCAAAAUUAUUCAACCUCCACAGUAUAAUGAGUACUGUAGACCUGAGAACAAUGCUGAGCUGGAGACCAUUGCCCACGAGGAAUGGGCUAAAAUCCCCACGGAGCUGCCAGAAGCUUGUUAGAGACGAUACCUCCCGUCUACAGCAAGUCAUUGCAGCAAAAUGGGUGAUGCACCAAGCACUAACGAUGCAGCCUCUGAGGGGGUUGAACAAUUUUGCAACAUGCUUUUUGCAAAAAAGUUGAAAUCCUGGAUGGAUUAUGAAUUAAAUCUUGAUUUUUACUUCGGUAUUAAAUCUCAAUAAACUAAGUGUUCACCUCUUAUAUGAUUUAGUCGCCUGCAGUUGUAAUGUUGCUCACUUUGCCAAAAUGUCAAAAAUGUCAGAGGGGUUGAAUAAUUUUGCAUGCAACUGUAUAUAUAUUGAAAGCAGAACGACUACUGACUUGGAAAUUACUCCUAUUAAGGUUUUCAGGAGAGGCAUACACGCUACAGUUUCUAUUCCUGUCAAUAUAAAGGUUUGUGUUUGAUAAUAAAUUGUCAGAAAAAAAUA